AUGACGUCGGAUGGCAGGGUGUACAGCACGGGUCUCAACGACCAAGGGCAGCUGGGGUUGGGAGACUCAACCGCUCCACCAUACGUCACUUCACCCAAAGAGGUGGUCGGCUUUGAUCGGCCUGUAGUGGCCAUUGCAGCUGCUGCCUUCCACUCAGCAGCAAUAGAUGAGGCCGGCCAAAUGUAUUUGUGGGGCGGCAAUGCCACCCGCCAGCUUGGACUCGGCUCACGCGCCCCAUCCAAGGUGCAUUCGCCGCGUGUCCCUGAGGCGCUGGUGGGAGUGAGCAUCCAACACAUGGCCCUGGGGGGUCAACACACCCUCGCUGUCACUGGUAGGCUCUCUUCCAUGCUCUCGUGCUCCCACCCUGCCACCCUCGCAGCCGAUGGUCAGCUGCUCUCGUGGGGAAAGGGCCUGCUGGGUCACGGCCCGCUGCCGCUCUUCUCCCGCCUCUCCAGGAAAUCCAGUGAGUCCAUCCCGCGGCUCGUGAAGGCCAUGGCAAGCACCAAGGGCCUGGGGGAUGAGAAGGAUCGGGAGGAACCGGUGGAGCUGAGAUCUCUGCAGCAUGCUGUAACGGAUGUGGCGUGUGGUGGUUACCACACCGCUGCUGUCACAGGUGCUGACAUGGUGCUUUGUUCAUCUGAUUUCCAUCUCGCAUUCUUCAUGCUCCUUUCGAACUCUCGUUCCUGA